AAUUUCUGUAAUAUUUCAAUGAUAUUCUGUAAUAUUUCAAUGAUAUUCUGUAAAAUAUCAAUGAUAUUCUGUAAUAUUUCAAUGAUAUUCUGUAAUAUUUCAAUGAUAUUCUGUAAAAUAUCAAUGAUAUUCUGUAAUAUUUCAAUGAUAUUCUGUAAUAUUUCAAUGAUAUUCUGUAAAAUAUCAAUGAUAUUCUGUAAAAUUUCAAUGAUAUUCUGUAAAAUAUCAAUGAUAUUCUGUAAUAUUUCAAUGAUAUUCUGUAAUAUUUCAAUGAUAUUC